AUCAACGAAGCCAAAGCAUGUCAUCUCUUGGAAUCUUGUCCAUCGCUAUCUAGAGAUUCGCUAAAUAUUUCUGCUGUUAGAGAAUCGGCUGAGUUUUUAAAGAAACACAAACUUCUGACGGGAAAUCAAAUUUAUCUUAAUCCUACAUGUUUACUUUUGAAUAGCAAAGCUAUGUCAAAUCGCUUUAACGUUCUAGUUGAAUGUGGUUUCACAAAUUAUCACAUAAAAGGAUUACAGAGAUUUGUGUCGAUAAUGAAAAUGAGUAUUAGCCAUCUAAAAGCCAAUAAUUACAUCGAUAAACACACAAAUGUUCCGGAGAGAUUAUUAAAUUAUUUUGACAUACAAAUUGAAAUCAAUAGACAGCAAGACAAAACGAUUUCAUUGGCAUCUUUACGAGAACUUAUUAUAAAACUUUACCUUGAAGAGAAACUUCAAGCAUCAAAGGAGGAAGUAUCAAAAGUGUGGGAAAAAUAUUCAAACUUGCGAUGUAGAAGUUUACAUUCAAUUGUAAAUAUAAUUAAUUUGCUGCAGGAUAAAUUAGAUUUAGAUGGAAAGAAAAUUAUCAGCAAUGGAUCUUUACUCUUUGCGUGUCCUGAUAAUUUCAAUAGAAUUUUAAAUGAAAUUCCUUCAAUUGCUGAAGUACCGAUGAAGCAAUUGCUUAAAAAACGACCCACCAUAAUAUUAACAAAUGUUGACUCGAUCAAAGGUGUCAUCGAAGAGAUAAAAUCAUUUGGAAUUAUCGAAGAAGCAAUUUUGACGAGCCCGAGAGUUUUAAAUUUAGCACCAGAAACUGUUUCUCAUCGUUUAAAUGAACUCAAGACAAUUAAGGAAUUUAAUGCUUUAAAAGGAAAUCCUAGAAUACUUACGCUUAUAUAUUUUCAUAAAAAAGUUCAAUCAAGACUUGACUUUCUUAAGGAUAUCAAGAUGAAAUGUUCAUCAAUUCACCUGUUGAUUUCUGACACUUUGCUUUUUGAAAAACAUACAAGAAACGGUAAUGAUAAGACAAAUGGUAAUGAAAUUGUGAACUUUGUGAGUAAAGCCUUGAAACAAGAUAAAGAAAAUGUUAGGAAGUGCUUAAGUAGACAUCCCUUUUGGCUGUAUAUUCCGGUAUCAAAUGUUAAAAAAUCGCUUGAUUAUCUUUUUAAAAAACAAUUUACAAAAGAAGAUAUCGCUGAAAGUAUGACAAUACUUAUUUAUCCAGUAAUGCGAAUUCAUCCAAAGUUAUGUGAGCUCCUGAAUUUAAAAAAUGUUCAGGAAAGUAGAGAAAGUGAUGAUAAUUUAGUUGACGAUAUUGAUUUUUCAACGUUAUCGAAUAGUAAAAUUUUGAAUCUUUGCCUUUACUUCAUCGAGUUUGAGAAUCACUUUAGUGGUGAUGGAAUUUGGGAAAAGUUAAACCUAGACUUAGUACAAUUUCCAAGUCCAGUAUACAUAAAUGAAAUCCGCAUAAUUCCUCUUGGGGCUCGCGUCCAAGCUGAUUUUCCAGGAGGUGGCAAUCGAUUAGGGGCAACAAAUCCUUCACAAUUUGAUAUCGAGUUCUUCGUUAAUGAUUUAAGUGUAAAUGUUGCAAGUACAUUUGAGCCACUUGGGAAGUUUUCAUAUAAUCAAAAUGAAUGCAUAAAUUUGGAGUGUAAAAAUGAUGAUCAGAUUCGUCAAAAACCAACCGAUGGAUUAGUGUUGAAAGGAUGCUACACAACAAUAACUUUAGCAGUAUAUGGAAGUGUCAUCACAUAUGAUCGAUUGCAUAUUCCUGGACAAGCUAACAACAGUGGCAAUUGCAAUUCUAAUAACGAUGUUCAUGUAUUCUCAAACGACGAAGCAAAUGAAAGUGAUAAUGGGGAUAUUUAUAACAACCAACGUCAUCAUAAUGAUUUUCAGGAUCAAAAUUCAUCAUGCGAUCCAACAGUUUCAUCAACAAUUGCUGAUGAUUUAAAGGACGAUGAGCAACCAAACAUUUCUCCAAUGGAUAUUUAUUCACGAUCACCAAGCAAAGAGAAUGAGUUCACAAAAUGUAAACGAGAAUGGUCAAAUAGUCCUGAUGGAACAUUUCAAAAGAAAAAGAUUCGCGUGUCUGGUUCUUGUGACUCCCACCGAAUUCCGAGAUCUCCGCCACUUCAAUCACCACGAAUUUCACGUCCAACAGAUUCAGAUGAAGAUGUUGUCAAGAAGGAAGAGGAUAAUGAUGCAUUAGCAACAACUGUCGGUGAUUUAUCAACAACUUAUUGUCCAUCGUCACCUUCCAUGGCAAACAACACGCCGAUAGAAUCACCGACAGAAAUGGAUGACGAUCUAGUUGAACUCGAACCAAUUCUUAGUGACGAUGAUAUCAGUGAUGAUGUAAAUGGAAUUGAUGACAUGAGUGAAGAUUUGUUUGCUCAAGAAUUUGGAAUCAAAAUCUUUAAUCCUUUCGUAAAUAAUUUACGAGUUAUUGAAAUGACAAAAGAUGAAGUGAAAUUAAAGAAAAUCGUUGACUUGUUAACGACAACGUGCGAAUCUUAUGCAAAAUCUUCAACAAAUGUCAACAACAAUGAAAAUUGGAUAAAUCUUUGUGAGCAAAUUAAUCAAGCUUUUAAUACUUUAAGCAAUCAAAAUGAAAUUGUUGAGUUGGUAAAAUGUUUAAAUCAAUCAACAUUGGAAAUGUUUUAUUCAUGCAUCAAUAUUGGAUUGAAUUAUUCACUUGCGAUUCAACAUCAAUUUCCUGGAUAUAACUUGCGACAUAUUAAAGCUGGAAUUCGUUUACUUGAAUAUUUAGCUUUGUCCGAGAAUUUCAUCUCGUGGCUUAUCAACGACAAGUGUUUCAAUUUAUUUUGUCAUCUUUUCAAUUUAUUCUCAAAACAACUCAUUCCAAUGCCAAUUAAACAAUUGAUUGCUCGACUCAUUUAUCGUCUCACCGACACUAAAAUGGGAAUUAAAAGCUUUCUUGACUUUGAAGGAUACAAGAAAAUCAUUGAAAUGAUGAGUUCAGCAAGUGAUGUUCGAUUAUUAUACACGCUUAAAGCAAUUCUCAUGAAACUCAACACAAAUGAAACAUUAUGUGCGAUAAAAGAUAAUUCAAUUGACAUUUAUCAGAAGAUUAAAGCAAACAACAACGUUGAUAAUGAAUUCGAUCAAUUGACGGAACUUGAGAAUCUUUUCAGUUCAUUAAUCGAUGCGAGAAAGUUCGACAUGGUCCAUCCAAAGAAGUUUAUUCCAAUUGCAACACAAUUUGAGAUAACUGAUUGUGUGUCGAUUGAUUAUGUUGAGAUUUACAAGCAACAUAAAUUUAUGAAAAUUAUGACAAUGUUGUGGGAGGUGAAACAUUGUUUAACACAAAAACUUCUCCUUUUGAUGGUCGAAUAUUUGAGAAUAAUGGCGAAAAGUGGACGUGAAAUUUGCUUCAUUGCAAAUGAUAUUCAAAUAGCAAACAGUUUAAUUAAAAUGUUGAUUGAAGUUCCAUCUGAUGCAUGCGACAUUGCAAUUGAAAUUGCAUAUAAAAUUGAAGCAAAGUUUUACCUCGAUUUAACAUCAAAAUUGACAACAAAUAAUGACGACGACAUUAAACUUUCUGAAUGUUUAUAUUCACUUUACGAUUUAUGUGUUGGACCUGGACGAAGAUUUGUUCUUGACUUUAUUGCAAUGGAUGAAAAUAUUGUUGUGUUGUUUAAUUUAAUCGAGAAAGAGAAGAAAAUCAGUUUGAUGCAUGGAUCGCCAGGAUUUAAACACAAAUCACCGGUUUUAAGUUCGUGCAUUGACAUCAUCGAUUAUGUCGUUCGUCAUGUCGAUAAUUUGGAUUAUUUAAAGAAGUUUGAUAGUGUUUUGUUGAAUCUUGUGAAGCAUCACGAUUCCUUUGAGCCAUCUGUCGCUGCGAUGUUACAAGAAAUGGCAGUUUUCCUAAAGCCAUUGGAGAUUGAGAAAGUCUUUGAGUAUGGCGACAUUGCACCGUUUCUUGAUGUCAUUAAGAGAAGUUUGGAAUUUCUUACGACAUUUCCCGGCGAUCUUAUCAUGACGUUAAGAAUCUUGAAAUAUUUGAUCAUCGAACAGGAGAAGAAUGAAUAUAAAGAGUUGAAAUAUGAUUAUUACGCUAUUCAACUUUAUCAUGCUGAUGGCGUUAUGACAUUCUUAUCGAUUCUUGAGAAGUUAACGACACAUCUUGAUCAACCGAUGAUUCAUUCAUAUCUGUUGGGAUCAAAUCAAGGAAAUCUCAUCAUGCAAGUCAUUUAUCCAACUGUACAAAUCUUAAGGAAAAUGAUGGUUCAAGUCAUUCGAUCGAGAAAUAUCAAUUUUCGUGAUGUAACAGCAAUUGAGACACUUCUGAAGACGUACACGCUCGUUCAAAGUGUUCAUUCUCGUUUUUCGAUAUUUCGUGAAGCAAAAGAAGUUCAAAAUGAGAUUAUUAAGAUUCUGUUGACAUACACGCAGUCAUUGACACCUGAUGGAAUGACAACGACAAAUAUUCAUAAAAGUUUGUGGACACAAAUGAUUGGCGAAGUUGUCAAAUAUUCACUCAACGGUCCAUUUCAUUUCAUACCGGGAUUGAUGAUGUUAAGUGAAUUGUUGCCACUUCCACUUCCAGUGCCAAUGCAUGGAAAUGAAUUAAACAAACGUGAAAUUCAAAGACUCAUCACAGAACGACAACUUUGGAGCGCACAUUUGCAUCCUUUAAGUCAUUUGUUAACAGAAAUGAUUCAAACAUUCUGCACGAGUUCAUCUGUUGAAUUGUUCAACAUUCUUCUUCGUGUUUGUGUACAAUUAUCAGAUCUGGCACCAAAUAUGACAUUAUUAGUAGCAAAAAGUGUCGUCGACAUGAUUUUAGGCGAACCUUUGGCUGUUAACAAAGAAAAAGAAUCAACAAUUGGAUUGUCGCGACUUUUUAAAUUUCUCGCUUCACUUACACGACAUGCUUGCAUUAAGAUUUCCAUUUUCUCAAUUUUAAAUGGAAAAUUAUCUGAACUAAUGUCACAAAUUCUUACAACGAUAAAUGAUGAAAAUUCUGAUCAUGUCACGACACAAUUUCACAUUUUCAUGAUUCUUCAUAGUUUCUUUGAUUGUGAAAUUUCACUCGUGUUUAGUUCAAAUCAUCAUCCGGAAUUGGUCUUAGCAAGUGGACUUCCAACAAAAGAUCUGAUUAUCCAAUUUGCGAAUGAUGUGAUUGAGAAUUUCUGUAAAACUUCAGCUGAUAAUUUAACAAUUGUCGCUAUACGAUCGAUGAUUCUUUUAUCCGAACAUGACGUCACUUUUAACAUUCUCAAAGGAAUUCUUUUAGCGAAAAAAGAUUCAUUUGUUAAUCGAUUGAAUGCCAUAGCUGAGAAGUGUAAAAACGAAAGAAAGCAAAUGGUUUUAAUACCAGAAUUAUUCGAAUUAUUUCGAGCACUACAAACUGUUGAACCAAACGACAUCUCAUCGAUUGUUCCACAACGAAAUUCUUGUCUAUCGAUUGCGGAAUUGUCAAACAUCUUUAGAUGGAAUUCUGAGGAAUAUGUAAACGGCACAAAGAUUCAUUUCCUUGAAGUGUUUUCAGCGCUUGUGAAUGAACCAAAAACUGAGAACGAAGACGAUGACACAGCUGAAGUUGUUCACAGUCUUGCAUUAAAGAAUGACUUGGAAGCGUUGCUUGAAAAACUUCGCGAGUUGUCAAAAAGCAAUCAAGAUAAUGCCACAAACGUGGUCUCGUCAGAUCAUGAAUUUAAUUUACCUCAAGCUGAAGGAAUUGUCUCACAAUUUUCAUCACGUGUUGCAUUUUAUCCUAAUGAAGCACUCGAUGAACUGACCAUCGAUUAUUGGCUUCUUAAUGGGUGCGACGAAGAUGAAGUCACACAAAAUGAUGUCGUUCAAUGUGAUCUCGAUGAACUCGUGCGACAAUGUUUCCCACCAGACACCAACAUUGGAUCCGAUUGCAAACGAUUAUUGACGUUGUCAUCAUCGCCACAAUCGAAUCGUGAAAGGAAUGUGUCGGGAAUGUGCUUCAGAACACGACGAGUUGAAGUUGUUGAACCCACUCCAGGACGACCUGAGAAGAAAAUUUAUGGGAAAUUCUUGCCGAGAGGUCGCGGCUUUUCAAGAGGUUCAACAACACGUGGCGAUAUUUUCAGGUCACGUCCACCAAACACAUCUCGUCCGCCAUCACUUCAUGUUGACGACUUCUUAGCUAUGGAAAGUGGACAACCAAGUUACAGUAAACGUGAAAUAAUUACAUCGUCGAGAGGUCGCGGUCGUGGAUCAAGUUUUAUAAGUCGUGGUCGUGGAAUUUCUCCUUACAAUUCUCGAGGUCAUUAUGGGUACAAAUUGAGUUUCCGAGGAAGAUCAUUACGAGGUGGCAUCAGAGGAUCAAGAGGAUAUCCACGAUAAUUAUUUAACAAAUUUUAACACUUAGAAAUAAAAAGAAUUUCAAUUAAUAAAGAUUUAUUCAUUACUGUAAUUAAA